AUGUUUCCUGAUGUCUACAAUAGUUCAUCGAAAAACAAAUCAAGAAAUAAAAAUACCAAGUUCAUGAAUGGCAUUAAUAGCUCCUUGAUACCAGAUUAUACGAAACAAGUUUUCAUAUUUCUCUCAAUUGAGAUAGCUAUUACAAUAUUGAUCAUCAUGAUCUUCUCAAUACCAUUCAUAAAUGGAUAUCUAUGGAAUUCAUGGACAGUUAUUCUUUGGGUAUUGAUUUGGUCUGCUUUUGCGUUAGCAAUGUUGAUGAUAUUCUAUCAUAAAAUAAGAGAUGAACAUCCAUUGAAUAUUUAUCUUCUGAUUAUUUACUCGAUAUGGAUCGGUACAGCAAUUGGAAUUUCGGUUUUAAAACUAUGCGUCUAUUUGAAAGUUAUUGCCAUUGCAAUCACAUUGAUAUCUUUUAUCUGUUCCAUAUUCAUUGGAGCUGCAAUUCGAACACGAUUAGCUGAUCAGUUCCUGUCAAUUCUAAUAUUCAUUGUGAUUCUUUCCAUCGUUUUUGUUGCAGCUGCGAUUGUGUUUUAUGUUUUAGAGCGUUGGGUUGCACUGGUCUCUCUCUUUGUAGGUGCUGACAUAGUAUUACUACUUAUUACAAUCUGUUUCAGCCAAUUUACUGUUGGAAAAUCACAAGUUCGAAUCUUCUUUCCAUAUUGGACGGUAGCAGCAUUAGUACUGUAUACUCUAUUUUACAUCGAUUUAUCAAAUAAUUUAUAUUUGGUGGGUAUUGUAGAUAUUAUCAUGAAAGUCAAUGAGACGAAUAGCACGCUGUGGUGGUAA